CGCGCGCCCCGACGCUCGCGAAGGCUCGGCGCGCCGGCGGUCCUCGGCUGCUCUAGGGACCUGAGGGACGCGCGGCCGCCUGCGGGGCCAGCAGUGCAGCCCGGGAGAGCCCGGAGGCCGCCGGUGAGAUAUUUCAACAAGGAAGAAAUAACUCUCCUCCUAAGAUGGAAUCUGUGAUUUGGGAAUGUGGUUGAUCAACUUGAUAUGCUGGCCAGAUGUGCCCUGUGUAAUAAAAUGAAAAGAAGAUACAAGAUGAUGUCAUUUUCCAAUAUUGUGAAACCAAAAACAAAUGCCUUUUGUGAGACCAGGUUAACAAACCUCUGACAGUACAAGGAGUUUCUAACUGUUUGAAGAACCUAACAGAUACAGAAGGGUGCUUUCAAGCUGAGACCUGCAGGCAUAUACUGGUAGAUCUGAUCAUCAAGUCUCAUUCAGAUCCAGGGAGAAUGGCUAUGAGUUGGACUGUCUUUUAUCUUUGGCUCUUGACUGUGUUUGUGAGGCGUAUAGGUGGGCACAGUUUAUUUUCUUGUGAACCUAUUACCUUGAGGAUGUGCCAAGAUUUGCCUUAUAAUACUACCUUCAUGCCUAAUCUUCUGAACCAUUAUGACCAACAGACAGCAGCUUUAGCAAUGGAGCCAUUCCACCCUAUGGUGAACCUGGACUGUUCUCGGGAUUUUCGGCCAUUUCUUUGUGCACUCUAUGCUCCUAUUUGUAUGGAAUAUGGGCGUGUCACACUUCCCUGUCGUAGGCUGUGUCAGCGUGCCUAUAGCGAAUGUUCAAAGCUCAUGGAGAUGUUUGGUGUUCCUUGGCCUGAAGAUAUGGAAUGCAGUAGGUUUCCAGAUUGUGAUGAGCCAUAUCCCCGACUUGUGGAUUUGAAUUUAGUUGGAGAUCCAACUGAAGGUGCCCCAGUUGCAGUACAGAGGGAUUACGGUUUUUGGUGUCCCCGAGAGUUGAAAAUUGAUCCAGAUCUUGGCUAUUCCUUUCUGCGUGUUCGAGAUUGUUCACCACCAUGUCCCAAUAUGUACUUUAGGAGAGAAGAACUGUCAUUUGCUCGCUAUUUCAUAGGACUAAUUUCAAUCAUUUGCCUCUCUGCCACGUUGUUUACUUUUUUAACCUUUUUGAUUGACGUCACAAGAUUCCGUUACCCUGAAAGGCCUAUCAUAUUUUAUGCAGUCUGCUACAUGAUGGUGUCAUUGAUUUUCUUCAUUGGCUUUUUGCUUGAGGAUCGAGUAGCCUGCAAUGCAUCUAGCCCUGCACAGUACAAGGCUUCCACAGUGACACAAGGAUCUCACAAUAAAGCCUGUACCAUGCUUUUUAUGGUACUCUAUUUUUUCACUAUGGCUGGCAGUGUAUGGUGGGUAAUUCUUACCAUCACAUGGUUUUUAGCAGCUGUGCCAAAGUGGGGUAGUGAAGCUAUUGAGAAGAAAGCAUUGCUGUUUCAUGCCAGUGCCUGGGGCAUCCCUGGAACUCUAACUAUCAUCCUUUUAGCGAUGAAUAAAAUUGAAGGUGACAAUAUUAGUGGCGUGUGUUUUGUCGGCCUCUACGAUGUUGAUGCGUUAAGAUAUUUCGUUCUUGCUCCCCUCUGCCUGUAUGUGGUAGUUGGGGUUUCUCUCCUCUUAGCCGGCAUUAUAUCCCUAAACAGAGUUCGGAUUGAGAUCCCACUAGAAAAGGAAAACCAAGAUAAGUUAGUAAAGUUCAUGAUCCGGAUUGGUGUUUUCAGCAUUCUUUACCUUGUACCACUCUUGGUUGUAAUUGGAUGUUACUUUUACGAGCAAGCUUACCGUGGCAUCUGGGAAACAACAUGGAUACAGGAACGUUGCAGAGAAUAUCAUAUUCCAUGUCCAUACCAGGUUACUCAGAUGAGUCGUCCAGACCUGAUUCUCUUUCUGAUGAAGUAUCUGAUGGCUCUCAUAGUUGGGAUUCCUUCUAUAUUUUGGGUUGGAAGCAAAAAGACAUGCUUUGAAUGGGCCAGUUUUUUCCAUGGUCGUAGGAAAAAAGAGAUAGUGAAUGAGAGCCGGCAGGUGCUCCAGGAACCUGACUUUGCUCAGUCGCUCCUGAGGGACCCAAAUACUCCUAUUAUAAGAAAAUCCAGAGGAACUUCCACUCAAGGAACAUCCACACAUGCUUCUUCAACUCAGUUGGCCAUGGUGGAUGAUCAAAGAAGCAAAGCAGGGAGUGUCCACAGCAAAGUGAGCAGCUACCAUGGCAGCCUCCACAGGUCACGUGAUGGCAGGGCCUUGCACAUGGUACACUCCCUGCAGUUACCGAGGAAUGGAGGAGAGACUACCUCAUGGCAGCAUGUCACGCCUGACGGAUCACUCCAGGCACAGUAGUUCUCAUCGGCUUAAUGAGCAGUCACGACACAGCAGCAUCCGAGACCUCAGUAACAACCCCAUGACUCACAUUACACACGGCACCAGCAUGAACCGUGUUAUCGAAGAGGAUGGGACCAGUGCUUAGUCUUGUCCAAGGUGAAAAUGUGUGCUGUUGAAAAGCAGGUUUUAGUCUUUACCUUUGCAUGACUGGCUGCUGUAACUCACUGUCAUCCUGCUUCCAAUCAGACAGAGUGUGCCCACUGAGAAGGUAGAUCUGUGCUUUUUGUAUCACAUCAAACUUGGCGCGUAAACACAUCCAAAACACAAAGAAUCAUGUCAUCACAAAAAUAAUUCUUUCCAGGUUGUGAAGAGAUGAUUGUCUGGUAAGCAUUUUUAUAAACCCACUUAUUUUAUAUUUAGAAAAACCCUAUAUGUGUGGUGACUGCUUUGUAGUGAACUUUCAUAUCAUAUGAACUAGUUGUGAAAUGAUAUUCUGGUAGCUCUGUUAAUAAAACAAAGUUUCAGAAUUAAAGAAAAUUUCUAUGCAAGGCUUAUUUCUCAGAUAAAUACUAGGACUUUGUAAGUUUAUUUCCACUGAGUGAAAAAAAGGAACUGUUUUUAAACUGUAGAAGACUAUGAUAAGCCAGCAAGGGUAUUUAGCUAAUAAGAUAAAAGUGCCAGAAGAGUCCCGUUGGCCUGUGGGAGGUUCUCUCAAAGUCUGUCAGUCUUCCCCCAGAGAUAUUCAGGAUGUGGAUUAGCCCUGGAAUAAAGGCAGAAAUGAGCAUUUCCCCUGUAGUUGUAUUGUUUUUCACUUUUGUAAAUAUUACUUUUAUGGGCUAUGUUUUUAUAAUAUCCAUAUGCAUGAUAGAAAAAAAUUAAUUUGUGGCCAUCUUUUCCCAGGUAAUUGUAUUGAUUCAUAGACAACUUCAUGUUCAGAUAUGUUCUGUGGAGGCAUGCAGUAAGAUAAGCAUCACACAUUAAAAGGGUUUUUACUGGUAAACAAAUUACAAAAUGGCAAAA